UUGGAUGGUACCAACAAAAUGGAUUGCUAACUCCUAUUUCUUAUUUAAUUAAUCGAUCAACUUGCUAUCGGACAUUUUUUUUUUUGGAUUCGAUAAUUUUCAUUUUCGCAAAAAAUUUCGACAUAUUUUAACUAUAAUAUUAUGACAAUCAAUCCUACUACUUCUGGUUCUAGGGUUUCCACGCUUGAAAAAAAAAACCUGGGGCGUAUCGCUCAAAUUAUUGGUCCGGUCCUGGACGUAGCUUUUUCUCCAGGCAAGAUGCCCAAUAUUUACAAUGCUCUAGUAGUUAAGGGUCGAGAUACUAGUGGUCAACCAAUUAAUGUGACUUGUGAGGUACAACAGUUAUUAGGAAAUAAUCGAGUUAGGGCUGUAGCUAUGAGUGCUACAGAUGGUCUAACACGAGGAAUGGAAGUUAUUGACACAGGAGCUCCUUUAAGUGUUCCAGUCGGCGGCACGACUCUCGGACGAAUUUUUAACGUGCUUGGGGAACCUGUUGAUAAUUUAGGUCCCGUAGACACCAGCACAACAUCUCCUAUUCAUAGAUAUGCGCCCGCCUUUACACAGUUAGAUACAAAAUUGUCUAUUUUUGAAACCGGAAUUAAAGUGGUAGAUCUUUUAGCUCCUUAUCGCCGUGGAGGAAAAAUAGGACUGUUUGGGGGAGCAGGAGUGGGUAAAACAGUACUCAUUAUGGAAUUGAUCAACAACAUUGCAAAAGCUCAUGGGGGCGUAUCCGUAUUUGGCGGAGUAGGUGAACGUACUCGUGAAGGAAAUAAUCUUUACAUGGAAAUGAAAGAAUCCGGAGUUAUCAAUGAACAAAAUAUUGCAGAGUCAAAAGUGGCUUUAGUCUAUGGUCAAAUGAAUGAACCGCCGGGGGCACGUAUGAGAGUUGGGUUAACUGCCCUAACUAUGGCGGAAUAUUUCCGAGAUGUUAAUGAGCAAGACGUACUUUUAUUUAUCGACAAUAUCUUCCGUUUCGUCCAAGCAGGAUCUGAAGUAUCUGCCUUAUUGGGUACAAUGCCUUCCGCUGUGGGCUAUCAACCUACUCUUAGUACCGAAAUGGGCUCGUUACAGGAAAGAAUUACUUCUACAAAAGAAGGUUCCAUAACUUCGAUUCAAGCAGUUUAUGUACCUGCAGACGAUUUGACCGACCCCGCUCCUGCCACGACAUUUGCACAUUUAGAUGCUACUACCGUACUAUCAAGAGGAUUGGCGGCCAAAGGGAUCUAUCCAGCGGUGGAUCCGUUAGAUUCAACGUCAACUAUGCUCCAACCUAGGAUCGUUGGCGAGGAACAUUAUGAAAUUGCGCAAAGAGUUAAGCAAACCUUACAACGUUACAAAGAACUUCAAGAUAUUAUCGCUAUCCUUGGAUUGGACGAAUUAUCUGAAGAAGAUCGUUUAACUGUAGAAAGAGCACGAAAAAUUGAGCGUUUCUUAUCACAACCCUUUUUCGUAGCAGAAGUAUUUACAGGCUCUCCAGGAAAAUAUGUUGGCCUAGCAGAAACAAUUAGAGGAUUUCAAUUAAUUCUUUCCGGAGAAUUAGAUGGUCUUCCCGAACAAGCCUUUUAUUUGGUAGGUAACAUCGAUGAAGCUACCACGAAAGCUAUAAACUUAGAAAUGGAGAAAGUAAAAGCAAUCAUUUUAUCUACUAAUAGUGGCCAAAUCGGCGUAUUAAAAGACCAUGCCGCUACUGCGACAGCCGUAGAUAUAGGUGUUUUAAGAAUGUUAGGCCUUGACGACCAAUGGUCAACAAUGGCUCUGAUGGGCGGUUUUGCUAGAAUAAGCAAUAAUCAGAUUACUAUUUUAGUAAAUGAUGCUGAGAAGGGUAGUGACAUUGAUCCACAAGAAGCUCAGGAAACUCUUGAAAUAGCAGAAGCUAACUUGAAGAAGGCGGAAGGAAAGAGACAAUUAAUUGAAGCAAAUCUAGCUCUCAGACGAGCUAGGACACGAGUAGAGGUUCGCAAUACAAUUUCGUAAGCUGUUGGUGCGUCCGAAUAAUCAAAAGAAGUUCCCUUGUCGGUAGAAUCUAUAUAUAGAAUGCAACAAAAAAAAAAGAAAUAGAAAAAUUUAUUAGAUACCCCGAAUCGAGGGUAUCUAAUAAGUUUUACCUACUAUUGGAUUUGAACCAAUGACUCCCGCCGUAUGAAAGCAGUACUCUAACCGCUGAGUUAAGUAGGUAUUUUAUCAUUCCAAAGAGAACUAAAUAUAACUAUCAGAUAGAUAGAUUAUAAAUCCAAUAUUGCUUAUUAAGCAAUAUUAAUUAAACAGAUCAAAGAACUAUGAUGUUGGAUCGUGGAAUAUUUAUCUUGACAAGAAAUUAUCUACAUGCUAAAAUAGGGAGCAUAAGUACAAGGGCUAUAGCUCAGUUGGUAGAGCACCUCGUUUACACGCGCGCCAAUGUUUUUCAGGGGAGUCCAUCAUGCAAUCAAAAGAAUUAAUCUUUUUGAUAAAUCGAUGUCUUACUCUAUGACUUUAUAGGAAACAAAACAAGAGAACAAUAGCCU